CGGUGAAACAAAAUGGCUGAUCCACUGAAGAGCAGAAAUAAACAAAAAGAAAGAUAAUUUCCUGAAAUGAAAUAUCAUGGCAGGAAUGGUCAUUGAAUUUUCAGAAGAAAAGCGCUCAAAGUUAGCAAAAUUUGUCGGAAUCUCGCACUGGAUUUGUAUAUUGCCAUCUUUCAUUUGUCUGUUGUUAGCAUUAUAUAUUCAGCUGGUUAUAGAAGACAAAAUAUCGUUCAUCGAAGACUACAAUGGCGCAAUUCUUCCCGGUUUCCUUGUAUUUAGCGGAUUUUUCGGACUGUUCACACAUAUUUUAUGUGGUAAAGUGGCAUAUUCCAAUAGGAUACCAGAGAAACGGGCAAAAUGGACGAGAUGUUUGCUUCCUGCAGUUAUCGCGACAGCGAUAAUAUUUCUAGCAGAAUUCAUCUCGGGAAUAAUGUGUUUUGCUCAUAUUCAAAAUUUGGAGGAAUCCUUUGAUUCCGGUAUUAGACUUGCAAUGGUCGCUUAUAAGGACGAUAUGACCACGAAAGAGGAAAUGGACAAGUUGCAGAUGGCGUAUGAAUGUUGUGGUAGUAAGUCUUAUCAAGAGUGGUUUUCUGUCGCAUGGAUUCAUCCAGACUACAUGAACUCCGUUAAAACACAUGCAAGCAUGAAGAUCCUUAGGAGAGUGAUCAAUGACGACGUUCCGUUCAGUUGUUGCAGCCCGCACGUGCUACGCCCGUGCAUUCGCCAUCACGUGCAUGACAACGAUUUACACUUCAAUUAUGACUAUCGCAAGAGCACAACUUUACAUACCACAGGAUGCACGGAAAAAUUGAUGGCGUUUUAUGAGCAUUCAGUCUUGCUGAUGGCUGGAUCUCUGGUGCUGAGCCUUUCAUUUAUACAGCUGGUGUUGACCAUAUGCUUGCGGUUUCUGCAAACAGCAGUAACUUCAGUGUCUGCCGAUGAUCCAGAAGGCCCGUCCGUAGGAUAUUUGUUUAGCGGUCCUAAAAAACAAUCGGGUUUAGACACCACCAUCACAUCAACCGAGGGCGAGACUCUUCUUGACACAACAGCGGAUACAACCUUAACUUUUGAUGACGACGAAUUUGACGGAGAACGCUAUGUUGACAUGGAUGGCGCUAGUGCAGAGCCAUUGUACGAAAAUGUUGAUAUCGACGGAGCUAGUGCAGAACCUUUCUACGAAAAUGUUGCCCCGUUUGAAACUGGGCUAGAUGAAGAACACAUUUAUAACGAAGGUGAUGUUGAAGAUUAUCUUGCCAGCAAGUUUGCUCACUCCAGGGAAAAAUUUGAACAUAUUCCUGAAUCAGAAUUUGAUGAAAUACCCCCUGCAUACAUGGCUCCUCCUCCUCCUCCUCCUCCCCCGCCUCCGGAUGUUAAUUUUAAUAGAUCAAGACCGAGUCUUACAAAAGUUCGAUCGAACUAUGGCAGUUAUAUGGCUAUGAACAUUUCAAAUUCAUCGUGUGCGUCAACUCGGCAUUUGACAUCAGAAAAAGUACCAAAAAGUCACCGAAAACGCCACAAAGGGUUACGCGUGAAAAAACGGUCACCUCCAAGUCCGACUUUCCAAACUAGCAGUCCAAAGGAUACAUACAUUAUCAAUAUGGCCCAGGGUAUGUCUCCUUAUUUAAAGAGGUCGUUUUCCGGACCUAGUCAUACAGAUCCUGAACGUAUACGUCUGAUUGGGACACAUUCCUUUAGCCGAUCUCCACAAAGAGCGAAAUGUUUACAUGAAACUAAUCCACCUAAAAUAUACUCUUCUUGUUUGUACAAACACGGCUCGACGCAGAUUUCACCACGAAGGGUGUCGCCUAAUAAGCGAGGUACAGAGAAGUCCCCGGACAUGGUAACUUUGGGAUUUGGAAAACGACGGUCUCCGCUAAAGAGGCAGUCCCCUUUUCGCCGUGUCUCCCCACAGAAAACAAGUUUUAAGUCGGGAGUUUCCUACGAAUGUAAUCAUGCAUAUGAUUAGUGUAGAAUGUGAAAAAUAUACGUUUUUAUACUUAACAAUGUAUAUAACAGUGCAGGCAAAGUAAAUUACACUCGUAUAUUAUAUUGUAUAGAUGUACAUACUCGCAACAUUAUGUAUAUAUUUCAGUAAUUAAAUGCGGUAACACCUCA